GCUGCUGAGGGCGGAGGGCGGUGGCAGCGCUGGCGCUGGGGACCGGCUCGGUGGCUUCAGCAAACAGUUUGGCGCCGGCGGCUGCCCGCCUCACUCCACGUCCCGCCCGCGGCACGGCUUGCAGCCCCCUCGCCACCGGCGUCUGGCGAUGUGUCCCACGAACCGGGCAUAGCAGCUGCGCGUGCGCGGAACCGCGGGGCCAUGAGCGAAGCCGGCGGCGGCCGGGGCUCUGGGUCUCCGGUCCCCCAGCGAGCGCCAUGGAGCCUGGUGGCGGCGACGGCCGCGCUCUGCCUGGUGUCGGCCACGUCCGUGGGGACGGCGGUGGCCGCGCCCAUGAGUAGGGAGGAGAAACAGAAGCUUGGGAAUCAAGUACUGGAAAUGUUUGAUCAUGCUUAUGGUAACUAUAUGGAACAUGCUUACCCAGCUGAUGAACUCAUGCCUUUAACCUGUAGAGGUCGAGUGAGAGGCCAGGAGCCAAGUCGGGGCGAUGUGGAUGAUGCCUUGGGAAAAUUUUCCCUGACACUGAUUGAUUCUUUGGACACUCUUGUGGUAUUAAAUAAAACUAAAGAAUUUGAGGAAGCUGUGAGAAAAGUUUUAAGAGAUGUUAAUUUAGAUAAUGAUGUCGUUGUUUCUGUCUUUGAAACAAACAUCAGAGUUCUGGGGGGUCUUUUGGGUGGACACUCACUGGCAAUCAUGCUGAAAGAAAAAGGUGAAUACAUGCAGUGGUACAAUGAUGAACUUCUGCAAAUGGCAAAGCAAUUGGGUUACAAACUUUUACCAGCUUUCAAUACUACCAGUGGCCUUCCUUACCCAAGAAUCAAUUUAAAGUUUGGCAUCAGAAAACCGGAAGCUCGCACGGGAACUGAGACAGAUACCUGUACAGCAUGUGCAGGUACCUUGAUCCUUGAGUUUGCUGCUUUAAGUCGAUUCACAGGAGCAACAAUAUUUGAGGAAUAUGCAAGAAAAGCUCUUGAUUUUCUAUGGGAAAAAAGACAGCGAAGUAGUAAUUUAGUGGGUGUGACUAUCAAUAUUCAUACUGGAGAUUGGGUGCGGAAAGAUAGUGGAGUUGGAGCAGGGAUUGAUUCAUAUUAUGAGUAUCUCUUGAAAGCCUAUGUCUUGCUUGGAGAUGACAGUUUUCUGGAAAGAUUUAAUACACACUAUGAUGCCAUAAUGAGGUACAUCAGCCAGCCCCCUCUUCUACUUGAUGUGCAUAUCCACAAACCAAUGCUGAAUGCUCGGACUUGGAUGGAUGCUUUGCUUGCCUUUUUUCCAGGCUUACAGGUUUUAAAGGGGGAUAUUAGACCUGCUAUUGAAACUCAUGAAAUGCUAUAUCAAGUUAUUAAAAAACACAAUUUUCUACCAGAGGCAUUUACUACAGAUUUCAGGGUACAUUGGGCUCAACAUCCUUUAAGGCCAGAAUUUGCAGAAAGUACCUACUUCUUAUAUAAAGCUACAGGAGAUCCUUACUACCUUGAAGUAGGGAAAACACUUAUUGAAAAUUUAAAUAAGUAUGCUAGAGUGCCUUGCGGAUUUGCUGCCAUGAAGGAUGUUCGUACUGGAAGUCAUGAGGACAGAAUGGAUUCUUUCUUCUUGGCUGAAAUGUUUAAAUAUCUGUAUCUAUUAUUUGCUGAUAAAGAAGACAUUAUUUUUGACAUAGAAGAUUACAUCUUUACCACAGAAGCUCAUCUGUUGCCCCUUUGGCUCUCUACUACAAAUCAAAGCAUCUCUAAGAAGAACACAACCUCAGAAUAUACAGAACUGGAUGACAGUAAUUUUGAUUGGACUUGUCCAAAUACUCAGAUUCUCUUCCCUAAUGAUCCAUUGUAUGCCCAGAGCAUUCGUGAACCCUUGAAAAAUGUGGUGGAUAAGAGCUGUCCACGAGGCAUCAGCAGAGUCAGAGAGGAGAGUUUCAGAAGUGGAGCUAAACCCCCUCUGAGAGCCAGAGAUUUCAUGGCCACUAACCCUGAACAUUUAGAAAUACUGAAGAAGAUGGGGGUGAGUUUGAUUCACCUCAAAGAUGGGAGAGUCCAGUUGGUCCAACAUGCAAUCCAAGCUGCUAGUUCAAUCGAUGCUGAAGAUGGAUUGAGGUUCAUGCAGGAGAUGAUUGAAUUGUCAAGUCAGCAGCAAAAAGAGCAGCAACUGCCUCCACGAGCUGUGCAAAUUGUCUCUCACCCAUUUUUUGGCAGGGUAGUGUUGACUGCCGGACCAGCUCAAUUUGGGCUGGAUCUGUCUAAACAUAAGGAGACGCGAGGAUUUGUGGCAAGCAGUAAACCAUACAAUGGCUGUUCAGAGCUUACUAACCCCGAGGCAGUGAUGGGAAAAAUUGCACUGAUACAAAGAGGACAGUGCAUGUUUGCAGAAAAGGCUCGAAACAUCCAGAAUGCUGGAGCCAUCGGUGGCAUUGUCAUUGAUGACAAUGAGGGGAGCAGCAGUGAUACUGCCCCACUGUUCCAGAUGGCAGGUGAUGGAAAGGAUACGGAUGACAUCAAGAUCCCCAUGCUAUUCUUAUUCAGCAAAGAAGGAAGUAUCAUAUUAGAUGCCAUCCGGGAAUAUGAGGAGGUCGAAGUGCUCCUUUCUGAUAAAGCAAAAGAUCGAGAUCCUGAAAUGGAAAAUGAAGAACAACCAUCCUCUGAAAAUGAUUCUCAGAAUCAAAGUGCUGAACAGAUUAUAUCGAUUUCUCAGGCAGUUGAUUUGGUUGAUCAAGAGUCUCCUGAGGAAAGUUCUCUGAACUCUCACCCAGAAUCGUUGUCUCCGGCAGACAGCGAUAAUGCUGCAAGCCUUUCCCCUUCUGAACAGACUUCUAAUCCCACAGAAGACCGUGAGACUACAAGUCUUGAUGGUGAAUGUACAGAUUUAGAUAACCAGCUUCAAGAACAAUCAGAAACUGAGGAAGAUUCCAAUCCUAACGUCAGCUGGGGUAAAAAGGUCCAGCCUAUAGACUCCAUAUUAGCAGACUGGAAUGAAGAUAUAGAAGCAUUUGAAAUGAUGGAGAAGGAUGAACUAUGACUCACUAAAGAAUAUUGUGGUAGGUAUUUUAAAAGCAAAGGUAAACUGUGGUCAUAGACACCCUAAUACUGAGCAGGCUCUCCAGUGGGAGGCUUUAAGUAUGGUGAUGAGCAACCUCGUUCUGACUGGGAUUGGUAGUUGUCAUAGGAAUCUGGAGCAUGCUGUGUUAGAAUUGAUCUUGUUUAAACUGUCCCAUCAAAAUGGAAAAACUCAGUCUCCUCCUCAAAUGACAGUGUUGCACACCCUGCAGCAUGUCAGGCCAGGGAAAGAUUACUGGGCAUUUCUAGGAACCAUAUUCUAGUCUCUGGAUAGACAAGAAACACAUUCAGUUAAUAAUGGAGUGGGAAAUAGGAGUUUGUGUAGAUUUCUAAUUAAAGGCUCUACUUUCCUGGUUUUGGGGUAAGAGGCUCUUCUUGGGAAGACAUAUGGGUUUUGUGGCAUUCUGGUUAUGCUGCCUUCACAAAAUCACUUUAAGUGACCUAACUGGUUAUGAAACAAAUACAUUCAUGAUAAAAAGUUUUUGCUCAUCACUUAUGCUUACUUUGUUCAGUGACAAAUGAUUAAGAUGACUUGAUCCCCCCCACCCCGAACAAUGUUCUUUUCAGUUAAACCAAAGGUGAAACCAAUAUACUUUCUCAGUGAGUUUUCUACAUAAAGACUAAUCAGUGGGAUGAGGUGAAAAGGUCAUAUGUUAUGGAAAUUGGUUACUUAAUACUUUUGAUAAAUUGAGGAAGGGAGAAAUUGUAAGUUGCAAUAUGAACUUUCCAUGGGGCCUUCCAUAGGGAAAGCUGUGACUACUCUUAAAUGGAGCUUAGAGUUAUAUCCUUGUGGGGUAGAUUAUAAAUCUUUCCCAGUCAUUUCUUUUGGAGGUGGUUACCUCUAGCCAUCAGCCUUACUCCAGCCCAUGUUUAGUAUGCAGUUUGAGCCAGCAGGCCUGGAUAGCCAACCUGAAUAUAUUCUGUUCCAUUUUUCUAUCUUAUGGAGCCAUGAUAAAAGUGGUAGUAGUCUAAAAUUCCCAUCUUUCUCCUUUGAAACUUUUGUUUCUAAAGUUAUACCUAAGGAAUCUGUCACAUUUUCUGUUGAAUCAUGGUUUUUAGGAUUGUUUUUGUUUUGUUUUUUGUUUUAACAUAUUCUUUCUGAUGUGGACUUGAAAAUUAGUCUAUGGUAACCUGUGUAAAAAAUUUACACAGUAGCAACUACAUAUAGCCAUAUAGCUUAAGGAAAUUUUUUUCUUUUUUCUUUUUUUUGGUGGCAGUCUGGUGCUGGCCACAUUUAAAUUGUUGAAAUUUUGUUGUUGAUAUUGGUAGACAGCCCAUUAUUGAAAUCAUGGCUUUACUCAUUUUAUUUAUUUUCUUAAACUUAUCUUAAUCAGUUAUAAAGGAAUAUUUGAGAGACUUAAUUCCUUUAUUUUACCAUGACAUCAUACAAGAACCUUUUCCUAAAACUUGGUUUUGAGGUACUAAAUAACCUACACUAUAUAUGGAGCUGUUGAAGAACAGCAGUGCUGUAUUGUACUUGUGUAUAUUCAUGUACAGUAUGUCUUAGAUCCCAGGUAAAUAUAUUUUUUUAUAAAGGGUUAAAUACCUGCUUUUAAAUUCAAUCUAAACAUAAUUGGGUCAGUGAGUAACAAAUCUAAUAAAGAAUUCACUUUGGUGGGAAGGGAAGGGGGAGAAAAAGUAGUAUAACAAGACCUUUAUUGGCCCUUAAAACCUGACACCAAAAAAUGGAUAUUUUUAGUCUCUGCAUGUGAAAUUUGAUGUAAGAAGAUAGAACUAUAAUACAUACAGUAUACAGAAGGAUAGACAUAGUGCUUUGUUUAUUUAAUUGCAAAGCUGCCAAAAUAGCUGAAGCUUAAUUACUUGACUUGCCUUGAUUUAUAGGACUGGGGCUUGGAGAAAAGGAGCAGAUGUUCCUCUAAGACUUUGAUUACAGAAGCCUUAUAUACGUUGAUUUGAUUUUGUAUUUGUAACUCAAAGCAUUUCUGUCUAAAUCUAAUUCUUCUGAGUUAUCAAAACCACAUAAUUUUUUUUUUCCAACAAGGAAAACUUAAUGGCAUGGAGGAUGCUGUGGCAGGCCCUUUGGGAAUAGCCGUCUUACUGCUACUCUCCCUUUGGCCAUUAGGGGGAGUUGUUGCCUUUCACUGAGAUUUAGAAGCAAAUCAUUCACUUGUUUGAUAAACUAAAUCCUUUCUUAAAAAGAGGAAAAAAAAAAGUUUAAUCAGUUAUACUUAAUACCCAGAAUGAAUUAUAUACAAUUUUCCCUAGUUAAGAAUAUAUAUAUACACACACACACACACACACACAUACAGACAUAUGUAUAUAUGUAUAUAUUUUUUUUCAUUCAGCUUCAAACACCAACAUAAUUGACUCAGCAUUCAUUUACUUAUUUGACAUACUGCCAUGAAGUCAUUUUUUAAUUCAUUAAAAAAUUCAAACAGCAUUAGUUUUUAUAAUGUUUUGUUUGUGAAAUACCUUGCAUAGAUGUUUUAUUUACUUGCUAAAGAUUCAGGGAACUCUAUGAGACCUUGAAUUUAGAAACAUCUGGUCUACCUCAGUUAAAUGUUGACUGCUUAGAAACAGAGCUGAAAUGAUCACCACAGCCAUAAAAUUGACUUAAGAAAGAUUUAUACAAUGUUUACAAACCUGGAACCAAGUAAGGAUUUUAUCUGAAAGUUAAAAGUUAUCUAUUAGAGCAAGUAUUUAAUUCAGGUAUUUUCAAAUUUUAAAACUUAACUUGUUUACCUACUAAAAAUAGCUAUAGGUUUUUUUGCAUAUAAAAAUCCACUGAAAUAAUAUGCCCUAAUUUGCAGUACUUUUUCCAUAAAGUUUUAAGUGUGAAGAAUUGUAAUUUACUAGAUAUGUUUGGGAUGGUAUAUUUUGUUGGGUAAGUUUUCUUUUUUCUUUUUAACUGUAAUAGGCUUCCAAAAAGAGUAUAAUUGUUUCAGAACAAAUUACUUUGUGACAUUUUCCUUUUCCUUUUUUCUUCACAGUAUUAGAUUUUAAAAUGAAAAAUUGUGCACUUUGAGUUUAAUUUCCCUAAUAUAUCUCUUGAGAACUCUUUUAGAUUUAAAUUACUAUCACAGAACCCUUUUUAUAGUGAAGCCAGCAUUUGUUCUCUCACCAAACCCCAUGCCAAAUUCAUCAUAAAGAAAGCUCAGCAUAGGAAAUUUAAAUAGUGCUUAUAAUUUUAGAGGGGUGGGUAGAAUUUAGUAAAUAUUCAACUGGUCGUUUUAUGCACAAAGCUUCAGUCAGAACAUAGAAAAAAAAACAUUCUGUGAAUGAAACAUUGUAUGUUCAGAUUUUAUAAAAGACAUUUUUAAAAGCCCAAUUUACAGCCGUAUAUUUUCUUAUGAUGUAAUUUAUGAAAAAGAUGUCUGUACUAACAGGUGCUGUAACACUUAUGUUGUUGGGUUUUAUUGUUUGGUGAUAAAUGUAUACAAUAUUUCUAAGGGAAACUAUGUACUGUGAUGUAAAAGUCUGGGCAAAAUGUAUAUAAUUCUUGUAUAUAAUUGUGUAUUUGAUUAUAAUUACUGAUUGUAAAGAUUUAAUAAAAUAUGUAAAUAUU